CGGGGCAGCGCCCGUGGGGCUGGGGACGGGCUGCUGGCAGCGGCGGGGCCGGCCGGCUGCGGCAGGUGGCUCUGCCCGGGAAGGGGAGGAGGCUGGCGGCGCUCCCAGCCCGGCCGGCAUCCCUCCCCGCCGGCAGCGAUGCUCAGUCCCGGCUCAGCCUGGCAGCAGCGCGGGCAGGGAGGGCGCACGAGCCUGCGGAGGCCAUGGACGAGAGCAACCGCACGGAGUCUUGGCACCGAAGCCUGCAGGCAGUGCUGAACGCCCUGAAUCAGACGCUGCACGGGGCCAUCCCCUGCCCCGGCGAGGCCCCGGCCGGCGCGGCGGGGGCCACACGUGGUGGCCACGCCGGCCACGCCAGCCGCAACGCCAACGCCUACAUGUACAUCCUGUUCGUCAUGACGCUCUUCGCCGCCACCGUGGGCAGCCUCAUCCUGGGCUACACCCGCUCCCGCAAGGUGGACAAGCGCAGCGACCCCUACCACGUCUACAUCAAGAACAGGGUCUCCAUGAUCUGAGCCUGGCCCACGCCUCGUCCCCACGCCGGCUCGGGGUCACCUUGCUGUGCACAUCCCGCUCGCUGUGGGGUGUGGCAGUGCUGCUGGCCCCGGAGCUGCUGGGAACCCCCGGAGCUGCUGAGAACCCCCCAAAGCUGCUGGGAACCCCCCAAAGCUGCUGGGAACCCCCGGAGCUGCUGGAACCCCCACCAUGGAGGAGCUCAGUCCCGAUGUGAGCAGCGCCGGGAUGUCCUGGCUGGCAGGAGCUGGAAGAAUGUGACCUGCAAGCAGGUCCUGGUCCUGCAGACCCACCUUGGCUCCACUGUGGGCGUGGGGCUGGCAGGGGCAGCUCCUUUCCCACCGUGGCCUGCGGGGGCUGGCAGGAGGCUUCAAGGAGAAUAUUUCCCCAUUUCCCUACUCAGAUCAGCCGGUGCUGACCUCCCUGGGCUCCCAGCAGCUGUGACAGUGGUCAGGGGGUUUUUCUGGUGCUGAAACCCUGUAAUGUUUGAGCUGGUCCGGGCCCUGCUUUUCUGGCAGGGAAUUAAAGGACGUGGUGGGU